AUGGCAUCCGCCGGAAAGCCUCCUUUGGAGGAUGCUCGUCGAACGACCGGUUCGCCGAAAAUGAAGAGCCGAGGUGAGCGCAAAGCUAGCGACACUCCGUUCACUUCUUCGCAGAGAGAUUUACUCGAGCGAGGUGGACUGAGCGGCCCGGAGGCACAUGCCGGCUCUGUGAUGGCGCUGACAAGGAGCUUCCCAGAGAAUGCGAAAGAGACUCUGUGUCGCAACGUGACCAUUUAUGGCCGAUGCCGUUAUGAAGAUAAAGGCUGCGCUUUCAACCAUGACCCAACGAAGCUGAACGCCAAUCAAUCGGACAGCAAGAAACGCUUUAAUGUAGACUCCCCCAGCUUCACCCCAUCCUUACUCUCUGGAAAUGGCGUGGCUGGCCCAAAGAAGUCGACUGCGAUAUCCCCCAAAGCUGCAAGUGCGGCUCCUUUUCAGCCCCGAGGCACCUCACAAACAGGAGACUGGGCAAUGGCAGACGUCCAGGAAUUUGUGCCCCAGGGCUUUGAGCACGUGGCUUCUCUUCCAGGCAAUGGGAAUGGUUCCAUCACGUCUCCCAGUGCCUUUGAUCCCUUUGUGGCUGCCCCAUCUCCUAUGACCCCUGGUGCAGUCGGCCCUGUCUCGGCCAAUCCUUAUGCUCAUGACCCUGCUGCCAUGGGAGGCGCAUUCUUUGCAAACCAGGCUGGUUUCCAGCAGCCGGUCCAGUACCAUCUCUAUGCCCCCAUCGGCCCUCAUAAUCAGAACACUCUGGGAUAUCAGCGCAAUGUCCAUGAUCUUUUCCUUCCCAACGAUGCUCGUGAGGAAUUGCAGAAGAAGUCCGCUGCAGCUCUGCAGACCCUCCCUAACACCAACCUUCCUGCUCAGGUUGACUACUUCCACUCUCUUGUUCCGCUGGACACUACUCAUCAGAAGAACGCCGCGACCUUUGGCUACCCAAGCUGGAUCUACAAGGCCCAGUCUAGCAAGGACGGUGACUUUUACGCCCUGCGGCGCCUUGAAGGUUUCCGCUUGACCAACGAGAAGGCUAUCCGGUCGGUUCAGGCCUGGAAGCGUGUUUGCAGCGGAAGCGUGGUGACUGUCCAUGAUGCUUUCACCAGUCGGAGCUUUCAAGACAGCUCUUUGAUUGUUGUCACCGAUUACCACCCCAUGUCCAAGACACUUGCAGAGCAGCAUUUGGGCGCUGGAAACCGCUUCCCAAACCGCGGCCAGACCGUUCCCAUCCCUGAGCAGGUACUUUGGGGCUACAUGACUCAGAUCGCGAAUGCACUCAAGGCCAUUCACUCGCAAGGUCUUGCUGCUAGGGUUCUUGAGCCAGGCAAGGUCUUGCUCACCAGCAAGAACCGCAUUCGCUUGAACGCUUGUGCUGUUCUGGACGUAGUGCAGUUCGACGCCCAGCGCAGUGUGGAGGACCUGCAGCGUCAGGAUCUCGUGAACUUUGGACAACUGAUUGUCACCCUGGGUGCCAACACCCCUACUCUCAUGCACAACCCCACCAAGUCCAUGGAGCAUUUCACCCGCGCUUACAGCCCCCAGAUGAAGAACUCGAUCUUCUGGCUGUUAAAUGGAAUGCAGAAAGAUCAAGAGCGAGGCAUCGAUACUUUCAUCACCGGAAUUUCCUCUCAGCUGAUGUCGACUUUUGACUCUGCCCUUCACAUGGAUGAUCAGCUUACCUUUGACCUCAGCCGCGAGCUGGAGAAUGGACGACUUGUGCGCCUGAUGGCCAAGCUCAACUUCGUCAACGAACGCCCUGAAUAUGAACUGGACCGACAGUGGUCUGAGACUGGAGAGCGUUACUUCUUGAAGAUGUUCCGCGAUUAUGUUUUCCACCAAGUGGACGCCAAUGGCGACGCUGUGCUUGAUCUGGGACAUGUUUUGAUGUCUCUGAACAAGCUUGAUGCUGGAACUGAUGAGAGGAUCAAUUUGGUCAGCCGUGACGAGCAGAAUAUGUUCAUUGUCACUUACAAGGAGCUUAAGAAGAGUCUUGAGUCCUCCUUUCAGGCUCUCAUGAAGUCAGGCAGACGGAUGCAUUAG